AUGUGCCGGUUUUCCAUCACAGGUGCAGAUGGCUCCGUUCUGGAGGAAGGGCAUGCCUUGAUGUGCGCCGCAUGCGUUGAUGAUGCUGAAGCCGACAGGCUGUGGGCGCCUGAAGGCGAGCUGAUGCAAUGCUGCCAGGACAUAGGCUAUGUGUGCGAGUGGUUGCAGAUUUCCUUUCGGCCGCUCUGGCCAAGACCACAGGUGGAGGAACUGCCCAAAGGGCUCGCCGAAGGCAAAGCGCUGUGCCCCGUCUUGCCGAUAUGGUGGACGCAGGCCUUGUCUCAGGGUCCACGCGGUACGUUGUGUGUUUCUAGCGGUAGCGUGGCUCAUGACUGUGGCAAAACUGUGCAAAAAGUCCAAGGUCAACCCGAAUUGGAGGUGUGUUGCAGAUGUGAGCUUCGUCGGUGA